AUGAUCCUCGUUACUGACGACAUCUUGCCAAGAACGACAAAUAGUGAGAUUGGGGACAUAGUGUGGUCUGACCAUGUCCCAGUGUCAGUAAGGUUGCAAGCCAAAUUUGACCAUAAAGGGAAACCCCCCUGGCGAUUAAAUGACGCCCUAACCAUGCAUAAAGACUUCCGCACUCAACUAAGCCACGACAUUCGUGAAUACUUCCACAACAAUACCUUGCCAGAAUUGGAACCCACAACUACCUGGCAAGCUCAUAAAGCAGUGGUUAGAGGGAUUUUUAUCAGUAGAGCGGCGUAUUAA